AGAUAGAUAGAUAGAUCCAAAUGAAACAUAUCGUCUCCUUUGAAUUUCUUAAAGCAAACUUUUAUCUGUUUCAAACUGUUUAUCAUCCAUAUUGAUCACGUCUGCAGUGCUUCUAAAAUAAACACUUUAUUUUAAAAAUAAUAACGUAGUGCAAGUGUAAGUUCAAGCUGACCGUCAGUGAGAGCAGACCAAGUGUGACACAUUCUUUUUCCAUUGAAUUUCUUCACACAAACUGAGCAGAAUAAGGUUUAGUGCGUCUCAGUCGUAUUCAGGCUAUGGUCCCAGUACAUACUAUGUCAAUUGCAGAGCCCUUAAAAGAGAGUCGCCUAAACUCCAAAGGACUGUUUUUUGCAGCAAUGGUGGAUCAUGGAGCGUCUCGAUAGUUCCUGGAAGUUAGCAGCAAGUACGAGCAGCGCAGUGGAGUUGUAACAGAGGAGACUUUUUGAUGCACUUUUACAAGCUCAUCAGUUGGAGAAAAGGAAGACAGCUGGAGUUGCAGGGAUUCUAGCAUCCCUUGUCACCAUCGCACCUGAGAUGACCUCACAACAACCACAGCUCCCCAAUGCUGUUAUUCCUCCCCAGCUUGCUCAGAACUCAUCUGCUCAGCAUGCCCGGCCUCACAUUCAGGCUAACCAGCUGGACUCAAGUCAGAGCAGUGCAAAUGCUGGGCCUCUUGAACAGAGAGCUCUGGCAGGCAGACCAGGCUGCUCCGGUGUGGCAGCCACCAGUGGGGCAUUGGCCAACAGGAACAUUUCUGCUUCCUCCACUAACUCCAGCUUUUCCAGAAGAGAUGGGGGCUUUGAGCCAUGGCCUGAGGAAGCAGUGGACAACUCCCAUGGGCUGUACUCACUCCACCGCAUGUUUGACAUAGUUGGAGCCCAGCUAACACAUCGGGAUGUCAGGGUACUGUCAUUCCUUUUUGUUGAUGUGAUUGAUGAGUAUGAGCGUGGUGGCAUCAGGAGCGGAAGAGAUUUCCUGCUGGCCCUAGAGCGCCAAGGUCGCUGUGAUGAGACCAACUUCCGACACGUUCUCCAGCUUCUGAGGAUUAUCACCCGGCAUGACCUUUUGCCUUAUGUCACACUCAGGAAACGGCAGGCAGUGUGCCCAGAUCCUGUGGACAAGUACCUGGAGGAGACAUCAGUACGCUACAUUUCACCAAGAGGAACAGUGCAGAGCAAGGACACUGCACCUCACAGAAGAACAGGUCCACAGCCAGUUAUUUGUUGUUCCCCAUCAGGAUCACAUGUUGGCCCAGCUCGAACAAAGCCAGCUCCUUCUGUAACAAACCGCAAACGGAAGAGAAGUCAUUCCUCGGCGGACUGCAGAGAGAAGCAAACAUGUGAUAUUCGCCUCCGAGUUCGGGCUGAGUAUUGCCAGCACGAGUCUGCGCUUCAAGGAAAUGUUUUCUCCAACAAGCAAGAGGCAGUGGAGCGCCAGUUUGAGCGCUUCAACCAGGCCAACACUAUCCUGAAAUCCAGAGAUUUGGGCUCCAUCAUUUGUGACAUCAAGUUCUCUGAGCUUACCUACUUGGAUGCCUUCUGGAGAGACUACAUUAAUGGAUCAUUGCUAGAGGCCCUUAAAGGGGUCUUUAUCACAGAUUCCCUAAAACAGGCUGUGGGCCAUGAGGCAAUAAAACUCUUGGUCAAUGUUGAUGAGGAGGACUACCAGGCUGGUCGACGCAAACUUCUUCGUAAUUUGGUCACAAAUGGAGGGAGCCCAGCAGUGGGCAACAAAGACUCUAUACCUUAGACACACCCUCCACGUGGUAGCAUAUAGGAGGAACACUGCUGUGCCUCCACCACAGGGAAUAGGCUGAGAUGUGGUUGUGUUAUUUGAGGUGCCUGAGGUGUGUGCCUAAAAGGAACUGAUUAAUUUGCAGCCACCCCAUUAAUUCCCUGAGAGCUGAGAUCAUAUAAUACCUACAUGGCACCCUUAAGCAUAGCAUGCAAGGAGAUUUGGAACUAUGUUAGCGGAAAAGACAAUGCAUACAGAUUGGCAUUAUUCUGACUGUUAAGCGGUUCACUGUCUUGAAGGUAAGGGUAAUGCAGAUCUUAUGUGUGCAUUAAAUUUAGCUCAUUGAAACACUUUGGUUAACUCUAAUGAUCCUCUUCACUCCUGUUCUGAAGUUAUUUUAAAUACAGGAAAACACACUGACAAGUUACUCCCAGUGGGAGUUGAACCUUAUCAUCAAACUAGCUAAUCCCUUUUCACAGUUUUUCAGGUACAUUACAGAUUGAAUUAGCCAAUAACAGAAUGUUCUGUAUUUUUUGGCAGACGCAAACCGCCGUCGACUUGCAGUUUCCCUCUCUAUGUCUUUCAGCUCUUUUCAGCUCCUUGUUGGCAGAGGUGAACUCUUUAUGUCAACAUCAUUGUGUCUUGGCUCUAUAUCCUCACGUUUCAGUACCAGCAACUGUGAUUUCUACCAUAAUUAGAAAUUUCAAUUGUUCAGUCACUGCCAAUAUUUAAAACCUGUAUUUUGUGGAUCAUUCUGAUGUGUUGUAUCAUAAUCAGUGAAACACCAACUCUUCCACUGGUAUCUUAGAUCUGUUUGGAUUUGAAACUACAUGCCACUUUCAUUGUAAGCCUGUCCUUCACGUACCCUGUCACUCAUAAUUCAACACUGCAACAUUGAACUUUUUAAAAAUAAAAUUAAUAAAGUGAAAUAUAUAUAUAUAUAUAUAGCUAUAGCUAUGGGUUAUAUCAUGUCGUCUGUUGAACGACUAUGUAAUCGUAUCCGUAUUCUCUAAUGUUGGUACAAGCAGGUUUUGGAACCUGUUAAACAUGGGAAAUGACCAAGUGUCUCCCUAGAACAGACAGGCAUCCCCAGUUACAAACAGGAAUUUAUAAACCAACCAGGCAUUCAUUUUUCAGGUUUUUAAAACUGUUGUUGAUCAUAUAAAAUGUAGGGUGCAAAACUAACAUUGAUGAGCUUCUAGUGGCAGAAUACCAAUUUCACAGUGUAGCCUGAAAUGCUAAUUUACCAAAAUGUGAAUUUAUGUUCAUUUCCGUAUGGUAGAUCAACAGAACAUAUAGGUUAGGUGUCGGUGAGAAGCCCAUGUCGAGAGUAUUACUGAUAAUUUCGUUUUGUGUACACUCAAUGGCUACUUGGAUAGGAAUGCCCUUCUUGUUCUGGGAACUCCCCUAGUACAACCUGAAAUCUUCAUGACAUUAACAUUACAGGCUUCUGUGUUUUGUUUGUUUUCCCAUAAUACUUUGUGGAUUAGGAAUACAGAAUACUAUUGUCUAUGCUAUUUCUUUUCACACAGGCUCACGCAGAACUUCCAUGUAUUUUUGCGGAAAACUCUUUAUAUGCUGAGGUAUCUGUACUGGAUUCGAAAUGCUUUUAACAAAAAAUAUGUGAAUCAACAGACUUAUGUCAAUGUUGCAUAACCCUCCAAUAUUCUGCAUUAUGUUUGACAGUAGCCUUCGCAUUGUUGGUUCCUACAAAGAUUGUGGUUACAUUUAGUAAAAAGUCAGGUCAACUGCAGGUGUGAGAGACAAAGAAGUCAAGACGAGCAUACGCAUUCGUUAUACUAACCACACCCUUACUUUUGAGUAGCUGCAUAAAAAGUGCUACUUCCAACAUUGACAGUUAACUUUGGUACACACAGAAUCAUCUACAUGAACACAAUUCAAAUGGAUACUAGGCAGGAACUGACACCAGUGUCAAUAAGGUGCCAUUGCAAACUCAAAGUAGUUUCGAAAUGUUUAAUAUGAGUGAUAUACAGGAAUGUCAAACAUGAAGUAUUAGCAUAAUGCUGUUUUGUGAUGAGAUUAUUUUGAUUUUGUAGCAGAAAUAGAGCGUGAAUGUCGCUUCUUUAAGAACUGUCAUUUGAAACACCAGUCUCUAAUGCUAAUACUUUAUAUAUUUCCUUUUUUUUGUUACUCGGCACACAUCCAAAACGUGCAGGUUCAUAUUCAGUAGAAGAAAAAAUAUACUCAAUCAGCAACGUAUGGUUUUGAAGCAGUUCCUUACUUUCCAUCAUACUGUUUUGAGGUUUUUUUGCAUUACAAAUAUGCAUCCCUCUUUGCCAAACCUGUGUAAUCAAAUUUUAAUUUUGAAUUUAUUCUAAAAUGUACUUAAAAUUUUGUCUAGUUUUCCAUCUGUUUAAUGGUGAGCUGAAAUUCAGCAUUUUGGUUUAUAUACCCUAUUAAACAUUCUGUGUAUGUUUUUACCAAAUAUGUUCUUCCCGCUAAAAAGAAAAAGCUCCAUCUUAUCUCUGCUGUCAUACCAAUCAUUUGGUACAUAUCAGAACAUGCAAGUCACGUUUGACAGGCCACUGUGAAUGAUAUAGAGUAGGCCUACAUUUUCUAUUUUUACGCGAGUGGAAUUUCAUGUAAAGGUUGCAAGUUAGUAUCUAUUAUAUAGGUUGGUGUAUGUUAUGUUGAUUGUAUGUUAUAUUAGUUGUUAAAUGCAGCUUUUACGCAAAUUGCAUGUAACCUGUUAUGAUGAAAUGUCUCAACUCACAGUGCUACCAUUUUGUAAAUAACUACUGGGUGUCAGGUUUUCUUACUUCAAUUUUGCAUUUCUUUCAGAAAACAGACAAGUAGGACUGUUAAUAAAUGAACUGGAUGGA